AUUUAUCCCAUACGUGAAACGUGCUUUAGAGUAUCUUUGCUGUCCAAGAUCGCAAUGACCUUCUCGAAAAGCUUGACGAUCGGCAGCUUCCAAUGCAAGGGUGGUAAUGCGGGGAGGGAGCAACGCAGUGUUGAGAGCUCCAAAGCACUGGACCCUUGUUUAUCUGUGGAUGGCAUCGUGUAAAUAUCACGAGGACCAGUCCAGGAAUCGGAUAAAACUUUUAUCCCGGCAACUACAGUGAACACAACCAAUGGUUGACGGUUGACUCUAUAAAAGUUGUUUCGGAUAGCAAAGAAAUCAGCUGGAAUCGAAUCCGAUCAGAAUUGUUAAGCGAACAGUAGCGAGGGAGGAGCCCUCUUUCACACAACCACCACCUCAACAGAGGCCAGAUAACACCAGGUCAUUCUCUUUUCUUUCAUUCAAAAAUUCCACGAUCAUCAUGUCUGACGAAACGCCACAGUGGGUAGACGAGUCUUCUCCAGAGCAACCUCCAACGGCGACAGGAGAGCAACCUGAAACUGAACCAAACCCUGCUGCCGAAGCACCAGCAUCAGCACCUGAGCCAAUUCCAGCACCAGUUCCGCCUCUACCACCAGCACCAGUGCCACAAAAAGAGCCAGAAAAAAUUCCAGUUGAGCAACCAAAGGAAAGCAGUGGUGUGAUGCUUACCGAGACUGACGAGAAGGACUUGAAGCCUUCCGAUUUGGGGCCUCCCGUGGUUGAGGAAAUGAAGUCACCAGCCAAAGUGGAACCCGUCAAAGAUAUAGAAAAAGGCGAACCGACAUGGGCAUCCCCUCCUGCACCCGCUCCUGCUCCGGCACCUGCUCCCGCCUCGGUUCCCGUCAAUGAAAUCACAACGGGGGAUCCUGCCAUGGAUGUGUCGGAUACACAGAUUGAUUUGAUACAGAUGAAAGUAAAGAAGACAUGUCUGCACAGGUCUUUUAUUUAUCUGACAUACUUGGGCGCGCUCAUUGCUUUGCUCAUGCUCAUUGGGCAGGGAAUGGCCCUGUACUUCUACAUGAUGAGCCCCUUGCAAGGUGUUGUGCAUUGCUAUCUCAUUGCCAUGUGCUGUAUUGUGGUUCUCAAUGAGCUUCAGUGGACCGUAUUUAUCCGAGAAUCAAUGAUUCUUCGCAACUGGAUCACACGCGGACUCUUCUACGCGUUUAUCGGCAUCGUAGGUUUGAUGGAAGACGAGACGGAAGAUCCAGCUAGAAAUGUGUCGCUUCCUGGACAAGAGGAUUGCAUGUUGUUUAUCGAGAUUAUUUCCUUCACGAUGGUCGGGCUGGGAGUUCUCUACUAUGGCAUGGGAUGUCUUUGCAUUGAGAUUGUCAGGAAUCAAGUCUUCGCAGACUACGAAAAGCGCUGCAAAGAGCUCAAGGCAGCCAGGAAAAUGGGGCCCACGGCUACUGUACCCGCCAUCUCUUGAGACACGACGACGACGUCUGAUUUUCACGUACAGCAGUAUUAGUUAGUUAGGAGAUUCGAAUGCAAGAGAUUGGGUGACAGCCAUGGAGGAGCAAGCCUUCGUCCUGAGCCACAACCCGGCCGCAAGUUUUCUUCACUCACUUUAUUUGGGCUACCUUCAUGCUACAUACAUAUCAAUCACCCCCGUUAAAAUAACAGAAGUUUCAUUU